CAGCCCAUUUUUCAGAAAUCUCCAAAGUGUUUGCGUCAAUUGCCGUGUCCACCAAAGAGAUCUGCCUUUAAUGUGAUUUAACAUUGUUUCCAUUCUUGUACUAUCUUCUCUACCAAAUUUUUUGUCGGUAGGAGGGUUAGAGUUUGAUUAGAACCCGAUUCAGGUAUAAAUUGGCCUAAAUUGUCCAAAUUGGAAGUCCAAAUAUGCUAAUGCCUGCAAUCAAUGCAUAAUCAUAGAUUGAAAAGUGUAACAGUCAAAUUUCAAUGAAAAUAAGACAAUCGAGCGUCUUCCACUAAGAUUUCUCAACGCCUGCAAUUUCCCAUCUUUGGUUUCUUUUCCUUUUCCUUUUCUCUUUUUGUGGGGCUCAUCAAAAAGUAACCUUGCUAUUUAGUUAAGAGAAUAGAGAGGGUGAGGAAUGAUACCAUCUUCACUCCACCGGUGACUGUAGUUUUUUAGUUGUCUUUAUAUUGCUUUUCUAGCGGUUGAUAAGAAGACAAAUUCUCAGCUUCUAAUAAAGCUAACUGCUCAAACAUCAUUCUUCAUUUAUGCUCAGAAAGUAACCAAAGCUCUUCCAUUCUCAUUGGUAGCACAGGAAGAACAGAUAUGAAGCUUUGGGUUUUGGCUCUGUUGCUGGCUAUUUUCAUCCAUGGGGUUGCAGGAGGAGAUGGUUUUGUCAGAACUGGAAGAACUCGUUUUCUGUUGAAUGGAAGUCCUUACUAUGCAAAUGGCUUCAAUGCCUACUGGUUGAUGUAUGUUGCUUCCGAUCCAUCUCAGAGGUCGAAGGUCUCCGCUGUGUUUCGUGAAGCCUCGAGCCAUGGUCUUACGGUUGCAAGAACUUGGGCUUUUAGUGAUGGUGGAUAUAGACCUCUUCAAUAUUCCCCUGGAAAUUACAAUGAACAAAUGUUUCAGGGGAUGGACUUUGUUGUAGCUGAGGCCAGAAGGUUUGGAAUCAAGCUGAUAUUGAGCUUAGUUAACAACUACGAAAACUUUGGAGGAAAAAAACAGUAUGUAAAUUGGGCAAGAAGUAAGGGGCAGUACCUAAAUUCUGAUGAUGAUUUCUUCAGAAACCCAGUUGUGAAGGGAUUCUACAAGAAUCAUAUCAGAACCGUUCUUAACAGAUACAACAGGUUCACCACAAUUCAUUACAAGGAUGAUCCAACAAUAAUGGCUUGGGAGCUUAUGAAUGAGCCUAGAUGCACAUCAGACCCAUCCGGAAGGACAAUCCAGGCUUGGAUUAUGGAAAUGGCUUCCUUCGUGAAGUCCAUUGAUAGAAACCACUUGCUGGAAGCUGGUUUAGAAGGAUUCUAUGGACACUCAUCACCACAGAGAAUGAGACUCAACCCAGGUUUCAACAUUGGUACAGACUUCAUAGCAAACAACAGAAUCCCUGGCAUUGAUUUUGCAACUCUUCAUUCCUACCCUGAUCAAUGGUUAUCAAGCUCAAAUGAUCAAUACCAGCUUUCAUUCUUAAACAAUUGGAUUUCAACACACAUACAAGAUGCAGAGUCCAUUCUACGUAAACCAAUCCUGCUCACAGAAUUUGGAAAAUCAUGGAAAGUUCCAGGUUACAGCACAAACGAAAGAGACCUUCUAUUCAACACAGUAUACUCCAAAAUAUACGCAUCGGCGAGAAGGGGAGGCGCCGCCGCCGGAGGCCUAUUCUGGCAGCUACUGACGGAAGGAAUGGAUUCUUUUCGCGAUGGAUACGAAAUAAUUCUGAGCCAAAACCCUUCAACGGCGAACGUGAUUACUCAACAAUCUCGAAGACUGUAUCAAAUCAGAAGGAUUUAUGCUAGAAUGCGAAAUAUCGAGAGGUGGAAGAGGGCAAGGGCGGCAAGGGGGAGACGAAUAGGAAAUUGAGAAGAGAAAAGAACUUAGUUGCAAAAUGGACAAUCUGGGGUUGUGCUUUAAUGGCGGAUAAAGAGGAUACUGGGGAAGGGUUUCUGUCUUUGAGAUGAAUCGUUCUUUCGUCCAGGAAGAAAGCUGAGACUUUUUUUUUUGGUGUGGUUUUUGAUGUGGGGUUCGCAAGUUCUUAUAGAUAUAAGUAUAAAUCAUAUAAAAGAAAGAAACUGAAAGUAGGAUCAAAGGAAAUGAGUUUGAUGGAGUUGGGUAUGAAUGGCUACUUGACUCCAAAUUUCAUACACACAAUGUCGUUUGCUGGUUUGUGAUUGUGUUUUUAGUAUUGUAACUUAAAAUCUAAGAUAUGUAUUUACCAUGAAUGCUUUAAUGCAUUGUUAUUAAUUAUGCUAUAUCUUAAGAUAUGAUGUGAAGAAAUUAACGUUUCAAUAAA